AUGGCCAGCACCGUGUCCGCCUACAAGGAGAAGAUGAAGGAGCUGUCUGUGCUGUCACUCAUCUGCUCCUGCUUCUACUCACAGCCGCACCCUAACACCAUCUACCAGUAUGGGGACAUGGAGGUAAAGCAGCUGGACAAGAGGGCCUCUGGCCAGAGCUUUGAGGUCAUCCUCAAGUCCCCUUCUGAUCUGUCACCCGAGAGCCCUGUGCUCUCCUCACCUCCGAAGAGGAAGGACACCUCCCUGGAGGAGCUGCAGAAGCGGAUGGAGGCAGCUGAGGUGCGGAGGAAGGAGCUGCACGCGGCCGAGGUGCGCAGGAACAAGGAGCAGCGAGAGGAGAUGUCCGGCUAAGGGGCUUUGGACACCGCGGCGCCUGGAUCCUGCGCCGAGACAAGAUCACGUUCGGGUUUUGUUUUUGUUUUGUUCAACUCCGUCUAGAUGCAACUUUCUGUUCCCGCUCCUCCUUCCCUCCCCUCCCGCAGUCCCAGCUUCAUGCUUCUCUUUCCGCACUCUGAGCUGUCCAGUCCUGUGGCAGUGGCUGACCAGGGGCUCUGCACUGGAGGAGCCUCCGGGGCGUGGCACAGGCCUCUCAGCUAAGGCACCAGGCCCAGUGGCGGCCGGGUCCCCCCUCGGCAGUCCUCUUAGUGGAUGUGAUGGUGACUACUGGUGGUGGCAGAAACACGAGGGU